ACUUAAUAUUGUUUUAGAUAUAUUCACGGAACAGUGCUCAUUGUUAUCGGCGAUCAAGGAUGACAUACAAGAGACCAAAUCAGUCAUGAAUUGUGAAUUUAACGAAGAUCUGUUUGAGGAGUUGUCCGCAAAGGCUAUCGCCGUUAUGCAAAGAAUAAACGAGCUGAACGAUGGGGAAUGGUCGUUUGACCAGCAGAACUCUCGGGCCACUAGUCUGCUGAACGCGAUCGAGUAUCGGCCGCCCGUCUCUCUAGAUCGAGAGAUUAGGAGAGCGUUGUCGGAAUUCCUAGAUAACGAAGAAUUAAAAGAACGGAUUGUAACUGCCACUGCAGAAGCCGUUAAAGAGGUGAUCAGCGGCUGUCUGUCUAAAGACAUGUCUGAUAUAUACCUGCCCACCAUGGAACGCUCCCAUCGCAGACUCUCCCGGCACAUGGCCAGAGUACUAACAGAUGCCUUCGAACGGUAUGAAAACUCUGCCAUGUUUAUGAAGCACACACACCGCGCCUCUCGAGCGCUCCGCCGCUCCUUGGAGCAGCACGAGCUUCUGUUGAAAACCUCCAACCCCGCCGCCCUGCACCAAGUGGUGCAUGAUACUAUAGGACAGUUUUUGAAGACCGAGCUGAAGGAGUGGCGGCAGAAGGUUCUAGAAAUGCUUACGACGGAACCAGAGGAUGAACCAGAGGAACCGAGUCCGUCAAUGCUUCCCACUACACCACAGCCUGCGGACCCUGAAAUAUCAUUAGUAGAUCAACUGAUGCGGACAGCAGUAAUCAACAAAUUUAUCGAAGAUGGCGACGUGAACGGUGCAUUCUCCAACGCCCUGUCAGCCUCCGACCUGUCCCUGGUGAUGACGGCCUGCCGCGGUGCAGACCCGGCGACGGUGUUCACCCAGCCCUGCUUGCUGGAGCAGUCGGUGUUGUUGUCGCUUAUACAACAACUUGCGACUGACUUAGUGCAUGAAACACAACUAAAAUGCAGAUAUCUGGAAGACGCUCUUAUCAACUUGAAUCUGACCGACCCAAACACCAUGGCCCACCUUCCCAUGGUGGUCGGUGACGUCCGCAAACAUCUGAUGAAGUUCCUUCACGCCUACCCCAGCCAUGCAGCCAGUCGCAGGGUUGCACUCAUUGUCAUGGCCGUCGAUAAUUUACCUAAGUAAUAAAAAUUAUAUUGUAUGCUCAUUAUUUUUAAGUUUGAAUUUUCUUAC